GAGAGACCGAAAGUGUAGAAUGCAAGCUUCCAUUCCCAUUGCUAUGAACUUUCCCAACUAUCUCGAAGAAAUCUUUUCAGAUGUUCAUUUGUCUAAUAGUUCCUUCCUAAAAGGUUUGAGAUGCCUCUUGGAAGAAGAUGGUGGAAUAUCCCUACAGAAGCAAGUCGUGAAAGUGAGGAGAGAAACGAUUGCGGCACACAUGACUUGCCCUCUUUGCAGUAAGCUCUUCAGAGAUGCCACUACCAUUUCCGAAUGCCUUCAUACGUUUUGCAGGAGAUGCAUUUAUAAGAAGCUCUCAGAUGAGGAGACAGAAUGUUGCCCAAUAUGUAACAUUGAUUUAGGCUGUGUCCCACUUGAAAAACUGAGGGCAGAUCACAAUUUGCAAGAUGUAAGGGCUAAGAUUUUUCCAUAUAAGCGACGGAAGGUGAUGGUGCCUGAAGUUUUACCUUCAGUAAUGUUGCCUGCGAAGAGAAAAGAGCGAUCACUUUCUUCCGGUUUUGAUCACUUUCUUCAUAUAAGCAUAUUUUUAAUUUUACUGUUUGCUUGAUUUUUAUUUUUCAUGAUCAGCCUGUUUAUUUUUCUGUUGGUUACUUUUAUUGGUGCAAGACUUUUGCAUUAGGAUUGGGUGAUGGGAGGUCGGCUUUAACCGCCGUUGGCUCAUUUAUGCCCAUUAUAGGAUCAACGAGUUAUAUUGCUUUUUUGGAGGUGAUUGACUCUAAGUUUGGUCCGAGGGCUGACGGUUGCCUGUGGUCCUUUUUUCGUUUUACCCCUUAUUUGAAUGUUGUAAUAGCAAUUUAAGCCAUCCGUUUUAACGAUAAAAAUAACUAGACUAUUCUUCUCACAGAUAAAUAUAGAGUACUUUUAGACAUCUUACAAUCCUUCUCUAUCAAUAAAAUUAAAUAUCCACUCUCUUAAUAUGCAAAUUAGUGUAUUUGUUCUGUCAAUCAAGUGUUUGUUGACAAUUUAGGAACCAUCAAUAUAUUCACCCUACAUAUAUUUUGUACAUAAAAUAAAUAAACUCUAUCUUUUUUUAUAAAUAAUGUAUUCGCGGAAAUAUUUUAUGAAUAAUAAGAAUUUAAAAAACUGCAUAUUUUGAUGUAAAGUAUUUAAAUCUCACAAAAUAUUGAUUUACCUCUUUUUUAUUGUAUUUGGAAUUUACAAAAAAAUAAAAAAUAAAAACUAUUGCACGGAGUUAUUGAAGUAAUUGAAUAAAUUAUUUGGUAAAUUUUUCAAUAACUUUUUUUUUUACUUGGACUGAAAUUUGUUGGUUUGGUCUGAACUGGUUUGGUAAAUGUUUGGUCUUUGCGUAUUUUAUAACUAUGGAAGUCUAGUUUGGUUUGAUCUGUUUAGGUGUGGUCUAGUCUGGUCUGGAAGUGAAAACAGUCCAAGUAAAAAUAUCCUAUAAAUGAUACUGAUGCAAGUGUUUUAAAACUUUUCUCAUGCACUGUUUGUGCCUUUGCCUUUGGAUUUUGCUUUUGCUGUCUGCUUUGGAACCAUGAAUAUGGGGUGAGGUUUUAGCCCAUUUUAGCCUCUCCCGAUAUAAGUGUUGUACACAAAAUGAGGGAUGGAUCCAAAUGUGAGUUUUUGAGCUGUUUAAUAUCGGGUUGCAAAUGGCUUUAUGGCGAAUGUACUACUUGAUGUGAUUUUUCUGCUGAUGGCUUCGCUGACCCGAGGUAGUAGAAACCAAGAGGGAGAGACUGAAAAGUGCUAAGUAUGGAAUGAGUAGGAAAUUUGGCAGAGUAGCAUUAAACUUGUGUGUAAGAAUGACGAUCUCUUUCUACAAGUUGGAAGAUGAUAUUUAUAGUGUAAUACUUGGGCAAUAUAGUAAAAUAUAUUUGAUCUAAUAAUACGAUGACACGUGUAACGGUUGAUUGGUAAGAGAACCGGUAUAGUUGACUGAUUGGUACUGUAGAUAACUGAAUUGAUUCCCUUUUGUACUGGAUUGCGUAAGGAAGCCACAUGUGUAAGCCUAGAACCUUAUGCGCAUAACCGCCUGGGUGACGUCAACACUGACCAGUUGUCACGCUGGUGGCGCAUUCAUAAUUUGUUAUGCAGAACUUGAGCCAUGGGCUUUGCGGAGUGGAGCUCGGGGGUAGUGUAUUAGUUUAGGAGGGUGACCUCAUCUUGCCAAUAAUGUUUCCUUUGACUCUUUGACUCGGUGAAGCGUUAGUUGACCUUAAGCUUGAUUCUGAUGGUGAGCUUUGUUGUUUGACCUUGGUUGGCGGUGAGCUCAGCUUGAGAUACAGUUUUGGACUUAUUUUGAUGAUCUGAAGUCUGAACCGACUUUGAGAACUGACCUCGGCAGGCUCGGCCUCAGCGGGAAAUGACUUAGUGAUUUCUGGGGAUCAUUUAUUCGCGAAUGUUGAUACCUCUGGGGUAGAUGGGAAUAAACUCCAUCAUGAGUCUCCACUAUGUGAAGCGAAAGUAGGGAUUCCCAUGAGUCCUGUUUUUAUAGUCUAUGGGUAUAUGAGAAUAUACUCCAUCAUUACCUUUCUAGCGCCAUAUUGGCGUGAAUGUUUGUACAUCCAGGCUCGGAGUCAGGUCGGGAGUCGGAUUCUGGCUUUAAUUUUGAGUUUUGGGCUCGGUUUGAGUCCCAAUAGCUCGUUUUUAAGGUUUUCGCCUUUCUUUGCUUUACAUGUAACUGUUUAGCGAUGUUGUCUGAUUCCGGUUCUGUGGAUGUCCUCGCAAGACGUGACAAUGGCCAGGUGGAGAGGGACGUUGGUGUGCAAGAUGGUGCCGCCUCCGUUGCGGAUGUCCAGCCUCUGCGGGCGAUUCUGGGUCCCUCACAUAGGAAACACAAAUCCUCUAGCAAGGAGUUUGGGGAGAUUGACGCAGAUGGAUUGGUGGUCCCCACGUGUGACCUUAACGAUAAGGAAUGGCUUCAUGCACGACGCCUGGUCGGUCCAACAGUUGCACCAUUCUGAGGCCAGUUCCGAAUAACACUGUGGCGGACUGCCCUAGUUCGUUCUUCACUGUCUACUAUAUGGCUUUGGAGAAUGGAUUUCGUUUCCCCCUCCAGCCCUUCGUGGUGGAGUAUUUGGACUCGGUCGGGCUCCUACUCUGUCAGCUCACCCCCAACAGCUUUUAUUUCAACACUGCCUUCCUCCUACGUUGCAAGAGGACUGGGGUGACGCCUUCUGUUGAGUUCUUCCGGUACAUGUUCAACAUUGGGUGCAGUCCCACACCGUUAUGUCGCAGGCACCCAAUAUGAGUGGGUUCAGCAAGCUGCCGUCGUCGUACCAUGACUGGAAGACGAAGUUUGUCUUUAUCUGUACUGACGAGGUGAACGAGUCCCCCUUUAGUGCUCCAGGGGGUUCCAAGUUCCGUCGCCAUUGUGUGGCGAAAUUGGAUUAUUUCGGAGGUACCUGUGAGCUGUGAGUAGUAUCUGCUGCCUGGUGUGUACGAGAUUGCCAACUACCUCGCUGAAGAGGCUUUGGAGGAUGAAUUGGACUUCAUCCGGUAUAAGAAGGGGCAUCAAUUCUCUGAUGGGGAGGCUAGUUCUGAGGAUGAGGAUCUUAAAGAGGCCAUUGCUGCUUCCUUGGCCAAUGUGGGUGGGGUCCAUGUUGAUGAGCAUAGGGUAGCUGUUGGUGAUGGGGGGGCCUCUGGUGCCCAUGCCUCAGAGGAUUUGAAGGCGGAUGCUUAUAUGUCCCCCUCAAGGCAUGAGUCUGCCAGUGAGAAGGAUGAGGUUUUUCAUAGGAGGGAAAGGGCGAGGGUGUCGCCUGUUAGGGGAGAGAAUGAGUGCUUCUCUGUCCCUUCUGCCAACCUUAAGCCCCCAGGGGGGUAUGGGUUCUUUCAAGGAGAUGCUCUCCAAGCUUGACAAGGAGGUGAGGGGGUCUCUGCCUGCUCAGGAGGUUAAGGCUCCACCUUCCCAUUCUUCUUCUUCCUCCUCUGAACCCUCCAAGGAUGAUGGAGGGGUUCCUGAUGUUGGUGUCAAUCUGGAUGCUGAGGUUGCUGCUGAGGUUGCCCCUGAAGUACUACCGACUAUGGUCCUUUAUGAGGACCCUCUGGCCUCCUUCCCUGCUGAAAUGGGUGCUGCCGUUCCUUCUCCUCAGCAUGAGGCUGUUGCCGUGCAGUCUGAAGAGGAGGAAGAUGAUGAGAACUUGGCUGUCCCUGUGGAUGCUGAUGGUGCUCAGGGUCAGGCUGAUGUUGCUCCCCCUCCAAAUACUGAGGGUGCCCCAGAGGGACAAGCCGCUGUUGAUGCUAAUGCCCCUGUUCCAGAAGGAGAUGAUGGGGGGCCUGUAGGUGAGGAAUAUGGCACCCAACACUUUCGUUUUAGUCUUCCUAAGGGUUGCAGCUUUAUGAAGGAGAGCGUUGUAUCUAUGAAGUUCAUGGAUGCUAUCUCCCUGGCCACUGACAGAAAGAUCUUGAAGAAGAUGAGCAACAGGGACCUGGCGGAGGAGUGUGUCAGUGCUGCUCUCAGGACUGCAUUCUGCAGUGAUGAGCUUGGCACUAGGGCCAUAGACUUCGAGAGGAAGUAUAAUGCCCUCUCUGGUCAGUUCAAGGCGUACGACCAAGAUAUUGCCAAGGCCUUUCAAGAGAGAGAGGCUGCUCAGAAGAAGUGUGAGGGUCUCCACGCUCAGAUGGAUGAGCUGAAGUCCUAUCUGGACAGGGCCUUGAAGACUGCUCAGGGUAGCCUUGAACUCCAGCUUGAGGCUGAGAAGAGGGAGCUGGAAGCCCUGAAUUGCAUCCAGGAACUUCAUUCAUCAAAUGAGGCCCUGAAGGAUGAUUGCGCUCUUCUGAGGAAGACCCUGGAAGUUGUCAGGACAGAGAGGGGGGCCCUUGCGGAUAAACUUGCCUUUGUUGAGAUGAAGCUUGUCAAUGUGAGGAAUGAUCUCUCAACUGCUCAUGAUAAGGUUGAUGCUGCUGCCAAGUAUUUGGAAGAAGCGCAACAACGUGCGAGGGAUAUGACUGCUGGUUGACACUGAUGGUCGAGGGGGCUCCAGGAGAUGAAUUGGUGGAGCAACAACUAUAGAAGCAGAAGAGAAAGAGAAAAGAAUAGAUCGCCCUGUUCCCUAUGAUUUUGAUUUAUUGGCCUGUGUGCAUGAUCUGUGCUGUUGAGCCAUGUACCAAACACUGAAACACAUCACACUUGAAAAUUUCGAAAUGCAUGUGAUGUUGAUAUCUGUGAUUUCCUUUGUUGUGCUUUUAUUUUGUGUCUGUGAUUUCUGUUAAGUUCACAUAUAUGCCUUUUGUUUGAGGAUGAAUCACAAUCUGGUUUGUCCUCCCUUUUGUAACUUUAGCAUGAUUUUGCUAAGUACGUGCCGAGCUGAGGUUGUAAAGAUAAACCUUGUCUUGACUUUUAUUCUGAGGUCGGGGCCAUCUGUUUGGCCCCACUGUUGUAUAGCAUGUACCUUUUGUGUUGA